GUAGCUUGGCAGAGACCAGUACCCAGAAAUAGGGCGGGAUGCGUGUAUUCAAAAGUGUGGCUCGAUCCUGUAGCUUGGCAGAGACCAGUACCCAGAAGUAUGGGGGGGGCAGGCGAGGUUCUUUGGGUAGAUCUGAUAUCCUUUAUUAGACCAACUAAACAGUUGGAAAAAUUGUUCUUUGAAAGCUUUUGGGCACAAACACCCUUCUUCAGGCAUAGACAGAGUCUGCAUGUGUGGAUUCAGAAGUGUGUGUCCAUGGCCUGUAGUGUGGCAAGGGCUAGUACCCAGAAGUGUGUGUGCAGAUGUGUUGGGAUUCGGAAGCAUCUGGGCGCUGGUCUGUUUCUUGCCCAGAGCUACACAAUAAUCUGGGGACUCCAUGGGGGUUGCGAGAACUCAGAUCUUUGUUAGAAGAACCCUGUGCUCUGCUCUGCGCUGCUGCUGCUUGCAGCUGUGGUGCUGUGUGUGCUCAGGGCUAUAGCAAGAGGUGGGGAUUUCUUAGGGUGAAAUCUUUUAUUGGGCUAACUGUAUAGUUGGGGUGAAGUGAGAUGAGUUUUCCAGUGUAAAACAUCCCCCUCAGGUCUCUGAUUAUAGGAAGCUGGGCACAGCAUAGGGGAGGGAGUGAGAGAAAUCACCAGGUGUAGCAGGUGCACAAUUAGCAAAAUAAACCAAGCUGAGUACUGGGAGAUCAGGGCCUAUCAAAAACGGGGAUGGGGAGGGUCAGUCUCACCUUUCUCCUCUGGAAAGAAUUCAGGAGUUGGAUAAAUUAUAUUGGACCACGUGAUAUUUUCCCUGCACAUGGAGCCUCCUCGCUCAUCCCCACUACAACUUGUGCUUCAACCUGUGUGUGGGAACCUGCAGGUCAUUACAGGCUCUGCCGAGAUACAGAUCACACAACACCCAUGCACGUAUUGCCCACCGCUUAUAAAUUUAUCAGGGGAGGACCACCUAUAAAUUUAUCAGGGGAGGACAGCAGGGAAUUGGGGAUGCGCUGUUUACCAGAGCACCCCAGGGAGUAACCAGGAAUAAUGGGUGCAAACUAGUGGAGAGUAGGUUAGACAUUAGGAAGAAUUUUUUUUACAAUAAGGGUGGCUGGAGUCUGGAAUGGGCUUCCAUGAGAGGUGGUGCUAUCACCUAACUUGGAGGUCUUCAAGAGGAAGCUUGACAAUCACCUGGCUGGGGUCGUCUGACCUUGUUCCUCUUUCCUGCCAGGGGCAGGGGGUCAGACAUGAUGAUCCAUUGGGUCCCUUCUGACUCUAUAAUCUAUGAAUCUGUGAAUAGUCAUUCCCUCUUGCAUGUGUACAUGUGUGUUGGUAGUCAGAAAUAUGUGGGUACUUAUGAGUUUGGUGUCUGCAGCCCUGGUUCUGAUGACCUUCCCCAAAUAGUGUUUGAGAGACAAGAGAAUAAGCACGCAAGCAGGAAAAGUGCACUGCAAAAGAAAGAUCUUUGUUCUGACACUGAGUUUAUGAAGGAGAAGGGUGAAUGUGAUUUACAGUAAACAAAUGCACUGGGCGUCUGAUGAUCUAGGUACCAGAUAGUAGGCAACUGCUCUAGUCUGAACGUGAAGCAGGCAUUCAGCAUUCUAAGAUAAAUUUUACUCUGUACGUGUGUGUGUGUGUGCGCGCGUGCGUGUUUGCAUGUGUGUGCGGUUCAUCUAGCAGUUAAAGUAACUGGACAAUUCCUUGGUCUGCAUCCAUGUAUAAGUCAUUAUGUAGAUCCCAAACUCCAAAGCGCUUAAGUGGUUACAUAUCUAACUAUAAGAGUGAUGCCAUUGAUUUUGGACAUGCCUUGAAAUAUUUGCAGGUUGGGUGUAGUAAUAAAUUUUAGGAUUAGAUUGAACAUUAAUUUGUAUUUGAGGCAAGGAUUUCUUAGGGUGACAUCUCAUACCGGACCAACUAUGUAGUUGGGAUAAUGUUAGACAAGCUUUUGAGUGCAAGACAUUCUUUCUCAGGUCUCUGAUCUGUAUUUCAGAACAUGUUUGAGUUCACUUUCUUUAACACUUUUACUCUGUGUAUCAAAGUUCUGAUGACUGGACCGAACAUAUUCGUAAGGGUGUUAAGAAUCCUGACUGACAUGUUUCUACCUCAUAUUGACCUUUCAGAGUUAGAGCAAACAUUUUUCUCCAAAGUAUUACCCAAGGCUAUUCAAUUAUUUGAUAACUUGAUGUAUGAAUUAGCCAAGCAGGCAAAAGGAUUAACAAGCCAGAAUGCAGAAUUACGCACAGUACUAAGGAAUAUUUUACAGACCCUGGUGCAGCUGUUGGGAACUCUGACCAGUUGUGUACGGCACGUCUGUACUCUUGAGGAGUCUGUGCCCCUAGAGAGUAUCCGUACCCUUCCCUCUUCCAUUCUUUAUGUGAUCAAGAACAUGUUCGUGCACUGCAAGAACAGUGAAUCAGUGUACAACGGGUGCCUGCAUUUGAUAUCUGACCUUCUCCAGUCUCUGUUUAAGGAUACCUAUUGUCUUCAAAAGCAGCUUAUGGAACUGCUUGAUAUGAUCUCUAUGGAAUCUGCUACCACGGAAGACAGUGUUGUAAAUAUGGUGUCAGUGAUCCACACUGUACUGGAGAUCUGUUCUGUCAUUUCCAAUAUGGACCAUGCUCUUCAUGCCAACACAUGGAAGUUCAUAAUCAAGCAAAGCCUCAAGCAUCAUUCCUUACUGCAGAGCCAUUUGAAACACACUGACAUCCUCAAUAGCCUGUGCAAGGACACCCUCUUCUCUUUCCAUUCCAGUUUGCAACUUGCUGAACAAAUGAAGCUUUCAGAGGUGCAGGAGGACAUAGACCAGAAGUUGUUCCAGAGGACGGUCAAACUGUGUAGAUUCUUUGCUAAUUCCCUUGUACACUACACCAAGGAAUUUAUUCCCUUCCUCUCUGGUUCCUGCUGUCAGUUACACCAGCUGUAUCUUCAGAUAUAUAGCAAGUUUCCUCCCAGUCUGUAUGCUCCAGUGAUAUCAGAGGCCCAUCGAGAUGAAAUAGCCAGGGUUUUUCUAGUAGCUCUGGAUCCUCUCAUCUACCAGCUUCUUUCUUCAAGGGCUUUCUUGGAACAGGUGUUAAGUGAAAAAUUAGAUCUUUCUCCUGAACUGCAGCUGCCUCAGUGUCAUCUUCUGGUUAGCAUAAUGGACAAGCUGGCCACUCAGCCUGAAGAGGUGCGAACUCUGUGGAGCUCAGGAAGCCAGUCUGCAGAAGAGAUUCCAAGGUUGUCAUUGUUCUCAGCCCUUUUCCUUAGUUUCCAGCAGUGUUCUGGUGAGCUCGCUCUUCCUGUCUGUUUGCCUGGAGUGUUAAGUACAGGGCAACCUGAGGUUCCUGUCACCUUGUAUCACCACGUUUGUGUCCAUCUGUGUGCCUUCAUUGCAGCUGUGUUGCCUUCACACUUCCCUCAACUGGAGUAUGCUCUGCUUGAUGCUGUCCUUGGUUCUAGUAUGAUCACCUCCCUGCUGGCUAUGGAUUCAUGGUGUUUCCUAGCUCGGUAUGGAACAGCGGAACUUUGUGCUCACCAUGUUUUUGUGAUAGCCCAUUUGAUAAAGUCUUGCCCUAGUGAGUGUUACCAGCUCUCUAUCUUGGGUGUCCUGCUGAGGCGUAUGCUGUUUUUGAUGGCUCCAGACCACCAGGUGGAAUUUACCCAAAAAUUUCCUCCCACAGAACUGGAAAACCUGCCUGUCUGGCAGCUUAUUUCUCUCAAGGCCCUAGCUCCUGAUAUAAUGAAACAUGUGGUGAACCAGCUCUGUGGGGUAGGACUUGUGCAGUGCAGGCAGUGGCUGAGUGGCAGGCGCACACUAGGAGAGCUCCCAUAUGUGAAUAUUGCUCUCGCCGCCUUGCUGACUGUGUGUAAUUCUGCUGGGGGUGUUCUGGAGGCAGGACAGCAGGCAGCCAUCUUGGGAAUUGUUGGUCAGGUCUGGGCUGUCCUCCAGGUCAAGCAGGUCUCAAGUCAACAGUCUCUCCAGCAGACACUCUGCUUACUGCUUCAGCUGCUGCAAUUUUUCAGCUUGACGUUAGAUUCUCAACUGAUGAUUCAGGUAUUUGUAUUACAAACUUCCCUCCUUCAGUUGGAUCCUCCAGAUCACAUUCGGUUGGCAGCAGCGGAUUUUCUUUCAUCUCUGGGAAAAUUGUUUAUACCCCAAGUAGUCCAGGGACAAGUUGUGUCCAAGCUGUCAGGUCUCUUUGGCUCUCUGUUGGCUGACAGGACUUGGCUGAUUCAUCAACAUGCCCUGGAGGCAUUUGCUCAAUUUGCUGAGGAAACAGGCCAUGAAGACAUAGUUCCUCAGUGCCUUAAUUCUGAAGACAGUAAGAACAAAGUUGUUUGCUUUCUGGCCAAGACAAGGCAGGUGGAAGAGACAGCAGAAGCAAGGGCAGAAAGAAUGAAACAAGAAAAUGCAGUUUGCAAUAGAUACUUUCAGAAAAUGAAAAUGGAUGGUGACCUGGGGUCAAUAUUAGAGCCUUCAGCAAAGAGAGCUUGUCAUUCACCCUCCGAGGAGCAGUACAAGUCAGCAAUAGGCACAGCAGAGGGGGCACUGGAAGCUGUGAAGUUGCUGCUGCAGAAAGGACCUCCACCUGCUUGGCUUACAGGGAAAUUAGAGGCUCUACAGACAGCUCUAGCCAGCUUAAGAGACCAUGUGGUAAGAAACUGAAAUGUGUUUAGACAUUAAAUGGCUCAGCUGGCAGAGACAGUGCCACACCAGGAUCCCAGCUGAAAAAACAAUCUGAAAAGGAGUUACUGUGGUGAUAAGCUGGUAUAGAGACUCUGGUGUUGAUUAAAUGUUUCUUCAGUUUGUCCUCUGUUAAAUUGCCUCAUUAGUGUUAAGGGGUGGUGACCUGCCUUCCACAUUAGUUGGCUAAACAGGCGAACCUAUUUUUGUGUUGUGUGAAGGAGUUGAUGUUACAUGUUGUUGAUUGUAUAUAGAAGACAGCUUUUUUAAAGUGUUUCAUUUGCUGCAAAUUGAACUGACAAGUGUAAUAAGGUAUCUGAAUUUUUUGUAAGAGAAAAUGAAUGGCUACAGCAGUUGCCCUGCUAUGUGUACAGGUAGAGAGGGUGGUGACACUUUUAAUUAAAUUGUUAACUGUGUGUGUGAA